UCAAAUCACUAAAAAUAACUCAAGAUGCUUUGAAAAUUAUUUCAUAUUACUAUUUUAAAUUGCUCGUAAAAUACACCAUCAUACACAUUAAACACUCAUACGAAAUAAUUUUGGUCCAAUUAUAAUAAAAUUAUCGAUGUCCUUCGCAUAAACUCUUUUACUACUACUUUUUUUAGGGGAUUUUCAGGAAUUUUAACUAGAAUAUGGGUCUGAUCCUUACGCCUGCAGAUGAAACGGAUGAAUUUAUUAUUCGAGAAUGCCAUUUAAAAAAAAGUUGCGAUGUGUGAGCCUCCGGGGCGCAAGUCUGUUUUUGUGCUAUGUGAAUCUCUUCACGCAAGCCUUUGAUACUUUAUAUAUUACUUUUACGGAAUACAAAUUCUGUCUACGCAUUUAUCUAAUUUGGUACUUAUCCACCACAUGGCAUGUCAUAUCCGAGCUAAUACUCCUUUAUGCGGUAUUCGGGCUAAAUAAUCAUUUGAUGCCGCUCCAUAUGGUGACCAACUUGCUUGGAUUGAUUCUUCAGAUGAUCAACCACAUGAUGCUUGCCAGCUUGCCAAAUAUGAAUCAUGAAAUGGUUUACUAUGCCUUUUACGAAAUAUUCCUGGCCAUUGUGACCAAUGUGGUCAACCUAAGAUACUACCAUUUGGAAAAAUAGUGCACCACUAACCCAGUGGGACAAUCACCCAGCAUGGAGCCUGAUUAAAAGGUGCAAAAUUCGAAAUUUAUUAGGAGAUUGUUGCACAAUAUGGUCCGUGCAUAAAUCGUGGCCAAUUGUCACCAAAUGGCGAUUUGCAACCGAACUCAGUCGACCUGCGUUUAAUUAUCGGUCCACAGCUCCAACGCCCGGCGAGCAAUACAUGCGUGCUAAUUGACCAGGCCUGGAAGUCCAGGCUCCAAAACUAAAUCCGAAUCCGAGUACGAAUCCCUGGGUCCAGUCCAAAUGUCCAAAUGAUAACCGCGACGAUGAAAACGCAUGCUGAGCCAAAUGAAAAUUAUGUUGCAAUCGUGGCGAGCGUGCUGCCCGCUGGCUGGUCACUGAACCGAGAUACUUUGCACCAUCGAGACCGACUGCGUCCACAGGCCUUAAUUAAUUUCCUUGAUUAAUUGAAAGUGUGCUUGCUCGGCUUUCGACUUGUCUUACUUUAUUUUGUGUGUGUAUUUUUUUAGGCUUUUAUUUCAUUUACUUUAUUGCAAAAGUACUUUUUUGGCAGAGCAAAGUUGAAGGCAAUAAGAAAAAUUGUCUCGUAUUCGAUUCGGUAGUAUAUGAUGGGCGUUGCCCUUAGCCAACCCUUGGCCAUUACUCUUGGUCCGAUUCAGAUUCCUUUCCUUUCCAUCCCAUCCCAGGCAUAUUUAUUCGAUUAAGGUCGAAAAAAAUGCGAUCCCUGCUGGGCGGAAUGGUGUAAUUAAAGCGGCAGUCGGUGUAUUUGCUAAUGAAAUUAUUUAAUAUUUUAUUGAAUAAUUUGCUAUGCCCAUGUGACAGACUCAAUAAAAAGAACCAUACAUCACAGACUAA